AUGGGAUACUUCCAAAUCCAACAAAUGUUGAAGCUGCACCACCAGAUCUUCUUAACACUGUCCCAUCCAGUGAACGAAGUAUUUGCUCGCCAUAAGUUAUCUACUCGUCAGCAACAACCAGGAGAAUCAGUUGACCAAUAUCUAGAAGCUUUAAAGAUACUCAGCAAAGACUGCAAUUUUAAAGCUACUUCUGCAGAAGAAAAUAGAGAUGACUGCAUUAGAGAUGCAUUUGUAAAUGGUCUGAUUGCUCCACACAUUCGCCAGAGACUGCUAGAGAACUUUAAGCUGCCUCUUCAAGAUGCUUAUGAACAGGCCCGUUGUUUGGAAAGUGCACAACAACAAGCCCUCCUAUAUCAACCCAGCUCAAAUCUCAAUUCAGUUUUAAAACAAGAAAACUCAAUCGUUCAAGACGAUGAUACAAAUAAUCCAACCAUAGCCGCUACUUCUGGGAGUAAUAAUAGAUGUUUCUUCUGUGGAUUCAAUAGACAUCCAAGAAAUGACUGUCCCGCAAGAAAUUCUUACUGUAAAGGUUGUGGUAAAAAGGGUCACUUUGUUAAGAACCAAGUAGGCCCUAUAUCUCCAUGGAGAGCUCAAGCUUUUGUUACCAGCUCCGAAAACCAUAAGAAGCGUAUGGUAAUAGACUACUCUAACACUAUAAACAGAUUUACAAGUCUCGAUGCUUAUCCAAUCCCAAAUCUUGAAGAAAUUGUCAAUAAAGUUGCUAACUAUGAAGUGUUUAGUGCCAUUGAUUUAAAAAGCGCUUACCAUCAAAUACCGAUCAAGGCUGAAGAUAAGCCUUUUACAGCUUUUGAAGCAUGUGGUCAGCUGUAUCAAUUUACCAGAAUUCCUUUUGGGGUGACAAAUGGAGUUGCUGCAUUCCAGAGAGUUAUUGAUGGCAUAAUCAGGGCAGAAAAUCUUAAUGACACAUUUGCUUAUUUAGAUGACAUAACAGUAUGUGGUAAAACACAAGAGGAGCAUGAUAGGAACCUAAACAGGCUGAUGAACGCUGCUAGCAAGUAUAACUUGACUAUUAAUGAAAAUAAAUGUUCUUUUUCAAUGAAAUCUAUUAGUCUCCUUGGAUAUACAAUAAGCAACAAAACCAUUAAGCCAGAUUCUGAUCGGCUUUUACCUCUAAAGAAUUUCCCCUUGCCCACAAACGCAUCAUCCCUAAGAAGGGCAGUAGGAAUGUUUUCCCAUUUCUCAAGAUAUGUCCCACGAUUUUCUGAAAAGAUUAAAGUUCUGACAACCAGCUCUUUCCCUUUAUCCGCAACGGCUAUAAAGGCAUUUAAUGAACUGAAACAAGAGAUUGAAAAUGCCUCAAUGAGUCCCAUAAAUCCUGAUCUACCCUUCACUGUUGAGACUGAUGCAUCUGACACUGUAAUAGCAGCAACACUGACCCAGGAAGGAAAACCUGUAGCCUUUUUCUCAAGAGGUCUGUCUCAUAGUGAACUAAAGCACAGUUCGGUUGAAAAGGAAGCAUAUGCAAUCGUGGAGUCAGUACGAAAAUGGAGACACUAUUUGCUAGGCAGACAUUUCAAACUAAUAACAGACCAGAAGUCUGUCUCUUUCAUGUUCAACUCUAAGAUAUCGGGGAAAAUUAAGAAUGACAAAAUCAUAAGGUGGAGACUAGAACUAUCAAGCUAUAGUUAUGAUAUUGUUUAUAGACCUGGUAAACUGAAUGUAGCUGCUGACUCUCUAUCACGAGUGUGCUCGAUGAGCGACAAAAUGAACAGACUUCAUCAAUAUCAUGAAAGAAUGUGUCAUCCUGGUGAAACUCGUAUGUAUCAUUGGAUAAGAAGCAAAAAUUUACCAUACUCCCUUGAUGAGGUAAGAAGAAUGACUGCUUCCUGUAAGGUAUGUUCUGAAGUAAAACCAAGAUUCUUCAAACAUGAUGGAAAAUUAAUAAAAGCAACAUCACCGUUUGAACGUCUUAGCCUGGAUUUUAAGGGUCCUCUUCCCUCUUCUACAAGAAAUCGGUAUAUGCUAACAAUCAUUGAUGAGUACUCACGAUUUCCAUUUGCGUACCCCUGUCCUGAUAUGUCCUCUUCGACUGUUAUUUGCAAACUGAAACAGUUAUUUUCAUUGUUCGGUACUCCUAGCUACAUUCACUCCGAUCAGGGAUCUUCUUUUCUUUCAAAAGAACUAAAGGAGUUUCUCGCUUUAAACGACAUUGCUUCUAGUCGGACUACUGCUUACAACCCUCAGUGUAAUGGCCAGGAUGAGAGAUAUAAUGGUAUAAUCUGGAGAACAGUAGAACUUGCCCUUAAGAACUAUCAACUUGACGUGACAAAGUGGGAAUUAGUUCUGGAUGAAGCUCUUCACUCUAUCCGAUCCUUGCUUUGUACUGCCACGAAUUGUACGCCACAUGAACGAAUGUUUGGACAUCCCAGAAGAUCACAAAAUGGUGUUUCCACACCAACCUGGUUGAUGACUCCUGGAAAAGUGCUGAUGAGACGUCUUAUCAGAAACUCUAAGUAUGAACCAAUAGUGCAGGAGGUGACAUUGCUGGAAGGAAACUCCGAUUACGCUCAUGUACGAUUGCCAGAUGGGCGUGAGACAACAGUGUCUACACGCAACUUAGCUCCUUGUGGAAAACAAGCUGAGAGAACAGAUUUUGAUGAUGAAUCAACACCGGAGAACCACACAAUGGAACUUAAUAGCGAUGUAAACUUAGUAGACGAGACCCAGGAUGUCUCUCAUCCCGAUGCAGAGGUGAUAGAAGAAUCUGCCACUCAAGAGCCUCUACAAACCUUAAGGACUGAUGAAACACAAUCACAGAGACGAAGCUCAAGACAGAUAGUGUGGUGGCUUAGAGACAAUAUCGGCAAGGAUCGUGACCUGAUGGAUUAA